AAGACUGAACUUUAUUAGACGACACAUCGAAUCAAAAGAUGAUGAUUAUUAUUAUAUUUUUAUUAUCCAUUCUUAGUUUAUUAGUAUAUAAUUAUUAUGUGCAUCAUAGAAGAAAUGGGCAACUUAUUAAUCUUAUCCCUGGACCACUAGGCUAUCCGAUUUUUGGUAAUUCAUUGGAAUUCCUUCUUUCGGCAGAAGAACAAUGGAAAUGGAUGCAUAUCACAUUUGACAAAUAUUAUCCCAUUGUAAAACUUUGGGCUUUCUUUAAGCCUACUGUAUCUAUUCGUCAUCCAGAUGAUUUGGAAAUCAUACUAAGCAGCACUAAACACAUCGAAAAAAGUAAAAUGUAUAACUUAUUACAUCCUUGGCUUGGCACAGGUCUUCUCACUAGCACAGGCACCAAAUGGCAAACACGACGAAAGAUACUAACACCUGCAUUUCAUUUCAAUAUAUUAAAUCAAUUUAUUGAUAUUUUGGUGAAAGAGAGUGAUCGCAUGACAAAGUCUUUAAAAAAUGUAAAAGGCACAAUUAUAAAGGAUUUAGUACCAUUUAUUAGUGAACAUACGCUGAAUGCGAUAUGCGAAACUGCCAUGGGUACCUCUCUGCACGAUCACAGGAUGUUCCAACAACAAUAUCGAGAAGCGGUUCACCAAAUAAUCGAACUGUUUAUUUAUAGAUUUUCAAGAUAUUGGCUUCAUAAUAAUCUGUUAUUCGCGUUGUCACCACAAGGAAGGAGACAAAAAAAGGUCCUUAAAAUAUUACAUAGAUUUACGGAAAAAAUUAUUGCAGAAAGAAAGCUUUAUCACGAAUGCACCAAUGGUCAAUACUUAAAAAACUUUGAAAGUGGAAAAAAGCCGGAGAUAGAUGAAGUGAUCGGAAUUAAAAAAAAACGACUAGCUAUGUUGGAUCUCUUAAUAGCGGCGUCUCAAAAAGGACUUCUCACUGAUUUAGAUAUAAAAGAGCAAGUUGAUACUUUUAUGUUUGCAGGUCAUGAUACUACAGCGAUGGGUAUAACAUUUGCUUUAUUAUUACUAGCUGAACACAAAGAUAUUCAGGAACGCGUUAGAAUUGAAGUCAAUACGGUGAUACAAGAGAAUGGAGGAAAACUUACUAAGAGUUCAUUGCAAAAUUUAUUAUAUUUAGAUAGAUGUUUAAAAGAAACACUACGUUUAUAUCCUAGUGUGUUUUUUAUAUCACGAUUGACAGCGGAAGAUAUAAAAUUACAGUCAUAUAUGGUUCCUGCUGGAACGACUGUACAUCUUAAUAUCUAUGGAGUUCACAGAGAUCCUAAUUUUUGGCCAAAUCCAGAAGUAUGACCAGAUAGAUUCUUGCCGAAAGAUUCAAAGCGUCAUCCUUAUUCUUAUUCUUAUUUCCAUUCGCAACUACGGAAUUGUAUAGGACAACGAUUCGCUUUGUUGGAAAUGAAGACCAUAAUAGCUCCUUUGGUGUGUAAUUUUUAUUUAGAACCUGUUGAUUAUUUAAAGGAUCUCGAAAUGAAAACUGCUCUAGUACUUCGUCCUUCUCAUCCGGUUCGUAUAAGAUUUGUUCCAAUUGAAUGCGAACAAUUGGAAACAUUUGAAACAAAUACAAGCAGGACAGAUGUAAGAAAUUGAUAUAGUGCAAAAGUGGAAGAAAAUUUUAUCCAUGUAUUUUAGCCAUGUAAUUACUUUGAAUAUUGUGAACAAUAUACACAUUAUACAUAUACAUACAUGCAUACAUACAUGCAUACAUACAUGCAUACAUACAUGCAU